AUGGCAUUUCUCAGCCCGGCCGUGGUGGACGCGGCGCGCAUGGUCGUCAGACAGGCGACCACAUCGGCCACAACGACCCUUCUCAGCAGCCACGGUAUUUCGCCUACCGGAUCACCAACCACUCCAGCUAGCGUCACAUCGACAAUUGCAUCGCCAACAGGAAGCAGCACGCUCGCUAAUGGCGCUACCGAUACUGCAGGAGGUACAGGAGGAGGGGGCGGCGGAGGCGAUGGAGGGGGUGGUGGAGGUGGAGGCAAUUCGUCCUCCCUCCUUUUCUUUGUCGCUCUCGGAUUUGGUGUUGUGUUCACCAAUCUCUGGAUCAUUGUUGGUGUGAAGUAUUGUUUCCGGUACAAUGCGCGGGCCCGUCAAAUGCGAAACGAGGAAGGCGAACCGAUCAACAUGGAAAACAUGCCCCGCCCCCACCGCCGUCGGAGGGAGAAGAAAUUGAUGCCGAUCGACGAAGUCAACGAGAAGUUUCCGAUGCUUAAAUACAAGACAUGGGUCGCGAGCCGCGCGCAGGAAGGAUUGCCAACCAGAGGUGGUGUGUCGGUCCCACAGAGCCGGCCGAAUAGCGUUCGGGAUACUGAGGGUGUGGUCGCCGAAAUACCGCCAGAGGAGCGGGCGUCAACCGAUGAACGACCGACGACAAGCGCCACAGCAGCGAGAGCGACCGAAGAGCCGCCAUCCGAGGAUGCGCCAGAAAUUACGGAGAAACCGCCUGCCCCGACUCCCCAUCAUGCGCCAAAGGAAAGCACUUCGAGUACAGUCGCAGGUCUCCGCCGAGCGUCGACAGAAUCCCACCGCGAUCCCGAUCCCGAUCCCGAUUCGGCCGUCGCGCAGAAGCACAUGAGCCAGAUUUCCCAUGAUGAAGAGGAGGAGGACGACCAUAUCGACGCAGCCCUCCCCCCGGAAUGUGUUGGGACAACGGGCGACACCUGCGCCAUCUGCAUCGACGCUCUUGAGGACGACGACGACGUGCGAGGCCUUACAUGCGGCCAUGCCUUCCAUGCCGUCUGCAUUGACCCGUGGCUGACGACCAGGAGAGCAUGCUGCCCCUUGUGCAAGGCUGACUACUACACCCCCAAGCCGCGGCCUCAGCCGGCCGAGGGCAACGAUGGGACCACGGGUGUUGUCCACGUAACUUUGCCCACCAGCUCCCGUAGCAACCGAAUGAACCUCCCGAGCAGGCCACGGCCAAUAUUUUUUGGGUUUGGUAGGACCGAACAGACCGAGGAUAGCCGACGCGCUACAGCAAGCCGGUCCCGGCCCCGAGACACUGGUGGCUCCUCUAUUCCGGGUCGCCGGGGGGCCCGGUCAAGCCCCAACCGUCCGUCGUCCGAUGGCGUCGAUCAGGCCGAGAACGGCGGCUUUCUUUCGGGCCUGAGGAACGCGAUACCCACUUUCCGAUUCGGCCGCCGGGGGCAAGAUGCCGAGACCCAGCCGGAACCCUCCGCGUCGGGUGCGAAUCCAACCGUGACUCCGUCACAAUUAGAGGCUGGAGUUCGGAACCCACCAAAUUAG